CCGCGCACAGUUUCGAGCCAAGUUUUCUGCCAUGCACACGACCGAACUUUUGUAGUAACUUUUUUUUUACGAACUUAGUUUUAAGGAUAUUUAUUACGAACUUAUGUGUGCUUUAGUGUUUUGUAUGUGUUUGUUAUUUAUUAUGAGAAAAUCGUUUUUGUGAAUCUUCGUAAUUUGUAGCAAUAGGAACUACGACUAGCGAAAUGUUUUCGGUCGAAGCCACGAUCUCUGCCACAGUGUCGGACAACGAACCCCCCGCGACGAUGACGACCCUCCCCAACAGUCCGUCCGACGACGGUGAGCAGUAUCGUGCUUCUACGGAGGCACGACUUACCACGACCACGGCCCCGCAGGGAAUGAAGGAGAAAUCGUUCUGCGAGGCCGCUGAAGAGGGGAAGACACACCUGAAGGAGACUCAGGAGGAGAAGGAGAACAGGAGCACACCUUUCCCCUUCUUAAGGAUGCCCAAGCUGAAGCGAGAGAAGUCCUACACGGAGACGCUGGAGCGCAAGAAGAAAAGAGUCAAGUUUUCCCCGAACGACGACGACGACGGCCUCGUGGUCGACACGCGCGUGUUCGAGGCCCACGCCGUCAGCGCCCACGACGGAGACGCAGACGACGGGGCGCUGUCUCACAAGAUCAAGAAACUUCUUAAGAAGCGCUCCAAGCGGAAGAAGUCAAGCAUAGAAACACAGACAGAUGGAAACGACGACGGUCAGAACCGAGAUACCACAAAAGCGACUUUUCCUAAAGAUAAGCAAGAAAUUUCCUCUAGUCGAGACUGUGAUAGGACCAGGGAACCCUUCCCUUCAUUCCCUGAGGGACAAAAUAAAUUUGAAGUUGACGUAAAGCACCAUGUUGAUGCACGUGACGUCAGUUCUCCAGACUGUGAUGCAACAGAGCCCUCAGCCACAGCUGCUUCGGGCGGGCCCCCGAGCGCAGAGCCUCUCCCGGCCGCAGCUGACAGUGCCAAUCAUGACGUCAGCGUGGAGGCAGGAGUGCCAACGAUGCCAAUUCCUUCGACGCAGGAGAAUGAAAACGACCUGUCGCCGCGCGUCGAGAACGAAAACAAUAUAGAUUUCCUCGUGAAGGAACAUGAUUUGUUAUUAAUAGAUAACGAAGAAACCGCACCGACCAACGCAGAGUCCUCCGCGAAAACAAAUGAAUGCGAGAUAUAUAUCGUGGAGGGCCCUGUGCUGGAAGGUCAAGAACUCGAAAUAUGUUUAGAUAGAGGAGAAGACGAAUUCCACGCUAGGCAAUUAAGUAAGGAAAAUAUUAAUUUAAUUUCCUCGACGGAGGAAGAAUCUAAUCCUACCUCCUGCCAAGCGACCGUCAAGCGCGAGGGAACCUUUACCCUUGACGGCCCCCCUCCAGCCAAGAUCACGAAGUCUUCCUGCGACGCUGUCGGAGAUGCCAGCCGGAAGGAGUCCUCCCCUCAGGACGACUCCAGGGAACCCGUUAUCUUCUUUGUUGACCUUGACUCGUGCGAAGUGAAGAAAACGGAAGAAACGCAGGCGAUGAAGGCACGCGCAGAAAGAGGUCCAAGUAGCAGGUCAAAGAGUCGUUCCCCGCAGAAGCCAGCCAAAAACGACGUCAGAGCAAAGGACGCGAGCGCAAAGCCCCAAGAGCAAAGCUCGACGGUAACAUCGCUCAAGAACACGGCCAAAAGAACUUUUGUGAGCGCCUGGAGAACAGCCAUGAAGGCGCAGGAUUCUUCCGAGAAAGGACCGAAGCUCACCAGGUCCAGGGACGCGGCGAAUUCGAAGCCAUCCCCUGUCUCAGAGGAAGAAAGGCCACACGAAAGUUUUAAGAAAGAAAUCCGACCCCAAAGUCCCGAAGAGUGUCACCUGGGAUAA